AUUGAAAGAACAUAAGUUGAAAUUUUAACAAAACAGGGUAAAUAGGAUACAUAUGGCUUCAAAACGUUAAAAAAUGUAUAGUCGUAGGUACCCUGCCCGCUGCCUGUAACGAAAUCAACGCCCCCUCCUGCGGUUGAGAGGAAAACUGGGCGAAGCGCGUGGAUGCUAUUUGGUGGCACCACAGGCGUAGAUACACGAGAUGUCGUCGACAUCAGCUGCUGCAUCCAACGCAGCACCGGCUAAAGAGGUGCGCUAUGUCACCGAGGUGCCCAGCAGCCUGAAGCAACUGGCGCGACUGGUGGUGCGAGGAUUCUACUCGCUGGAAGAUGCCCUGAUCAUUGACAUGCUGGUGCGGAACCCCUGCAUGAAGGAGGACGACAUUGGCGAGCUGCUGAGGUUCGAGAAGAAGCAGCUGCGGGCGCGGAUCACUACUCUGCGCACCGACAAGUUCAUCCAGAUCAGACUCAAAAUGGAAACGGGGCCGGACGGCAAGGCGCAGAAGGUCAACUACUACUUCAUCAACUACAAGACAUUUGUGAACGUGGUCAAGUACAAGCUGGACCUGAUGCGCAAGCGGAUGGAGACGGAGGAACGGGAUGCAACCAGCCGGGCCAGCUUCAAGUGCUCGAUGUGCUCGAAGACGUUCACGGAUCUCGAGGCGGACCAGCUGUUCGACAUGGCCACGCUGGAGUUUCGGUGCACUUACUGCGGCAGCUCGGUUGAGGAGGACAGUGCGGCAAUGCCGAAGAAAGACUCUCGCCUGAUGCUGGCCCACUUCAAUGAGCAACUGCAGCCGCUCUAUGAUCUCCUGCGCGAGGUGGAGGGCAUCAAGCUGGCACCGGAAGUCCUCGAGCCAGAACCGGUGGACAUAGACACGAUACGUGGCAUUACGAAACCGAAUGCCCUACGACCCGAGGGCAUGGCGUGGUCAGGUGAGGCGACGAGAAACCAAGGCUUUGCCGUUGAGGAGGCGCGUGUCGAUGUGACCAUUGGCGGUGAUGAUACGUCCGACAAUGUGGUUGAGCGCAAGUCGCGGCCCAUUUGGAUGACGGAGAGCACUGUGAUAACCGAUGCGGAUGCGGCGGAGGGUGCUCUGCAGGACGUUGCCCAAACGUCGAGCACAUCCGGACACCGGAACCGCAAGGAAAACGAGGAUAUUAUGUCGGUGCUGCUGCAGCAUGAAAAGCAGCCCGGCCAGAAGGAGCCCCAUAUGAAGGGAAUACGCGUCAACUCUUCGAAUGCAAACUCGAGCGAUUCCAGUGACGACGAGAAGGACAUAGACAACGCCAAGAUACCCGAUCUCGAUUUUGAGAACUACAGCAACUCGGAGUCCGAGGAGGAAGCCGACGAUGUGCCUACUGUUUUAGUUGCCGGACGGCCUCAUCCCCUGGAUCAGCUGGAUGACAAGCUGAUAGCCCAAAUGACGCCGCAGGAAAAGGAGAACUAUAUACACGUCUACCAGCAGCACUACAGUCACAUUUACGACUGAGUGCCUCUGCAGCACUUUCCCCCAUUCUGCCCUGACUAAACUUUAUGGAUAGUGUCAUUGUAGCUCUAAGUACAAUAGUUCCACACAAAAAAUGGUACAAAAUCAUCAAAUUUGGUUUACAAAAAGCGCGUCACCAUAAUUUGAAGCAACCCUUAAUAUGUUUGUAAAUUCAUGAAAUAUACAUAUACCUUGCUAGCAAGAUUUUUGCCUGCUUUAAUGCAGUGAUUGACUUAAA